AUGGGUGUCGUCAAGGGAGGAGUUUGGACCAACAUCGAGGAUGAAAUCCUCAAGGCCUCAGUGUCAAAAUAUGGUCUGAACCAGUGGGCGCGUGUCUCGUCACUGCUCGCGCGCAAGACCCCGAAGCAGUGCAAGGCAAGAUGGAACGAAUGGCUGGACCCGAGCAUCAAAAAGACGGAAUGGAGCAAAGAGGAGGACGAGAAGCUUCUGCACCUCGCCAAGCUUAUGCCGACACAAUGGCGCACCAUCGCUCCUGCCGUCGGCCGAACCGCCAACCAGUGUCUCGAGCGAUACCAGAAGCUCCUCGACGAAGCCGAAGCAAGAGAAGCUAGCCAAUUUGGACUCACGGGUAUCGAUGGCGGCGAGGCAUCGGCACCCAGCGCCGACGAUGUUAGACGAUUGCGCCCUGGCGAAGUCGACCCAGACCCAGAGAGCAAGCCCGCCCGACCCGACACGAUCGAUCUUGACGAGGAUGAAAAGGAGAUGCUGAGCGAAGCCCGAGCGCGUCUAGCCAACACACAGGGCAAAAAGGCCAAGAGAAAGGCAAGAGAACGUCAGCAGGAGGAGUCGCGCCGUUUGGCGGCGCUGCAGAAGCGACGCGAGCUCAAAACGGCCGGCAUCAACAUCAAGGUCGUCACGCGCAAGAAGGGCCAGAUGGACUACAAUGCCGACAUUCCUUUUGAGAAGAAGGCUGCCCCAGGGUUCUACGAUACCGCUGAAGAACAGGUCCGAAACGAGCACCAGCGAGAGGCUUUCGACCCGAGGAAACAACAGCUCGCGAGCAAGCGUAAGGGCGAUGGCGACGAUGAUGGAGACAACAAGAGGAGGAAGAAGGAAAAGGAGGCGCCCUCAGCAUCAUUCCAGGCUGCCGUGAAGGCGGGUCAGAUGCAGAAGAUCAGAGAGGCUGAGCAGAGCAGCAAGAGAAGGGCGCUGAAUCUGCCUGCUCCUCAAGUCAGCGAGGGCGAGUUGGAGGAGAUUGUCAAAAUGGGUAUGAUGGGCGAGAGGGCAAGCAUGAUGGCGCGCCAGAGCGAGAACGAUGCAACCCGUGGCCUGAUUAGCGAAUACUCGACCCUGAACAACAACGCCCCGAUCCGAACCCCUCGAGCUCCCGCACAGGAAGACCACAUCGCAAACGAGAUCCGGAAUAUCAGAGCCUUAACAAACACUCAGUCUUCACUACUCGGUGGCGAGAAUACUCCGCUACACGAAGGAACCGAGUCGACUGGAUUCGAUGGCGUCGCCCCCCGCAAGCAAGUGGUUGCGACACCGAACCCCCUGGCGACACCAAUGCAUACAGAUAGCGUAGGCCAAACACCGGCACGCGUUGGACAGACUCCGAUGAGGACGCCCCGCGACAGCUUUGCUUUGAACGCCGACGGUAGCCAAGCCCUCGUCUCAGCGACGCCGAGAGAUGUCAAGAUGCGAGAGAUGGCCCUACGCAGCCAGUUGAGACAAGGCCUUGCAUCUUUACCCAAGCCCAAAGAUACCGAGUGGGAGCUUGAACUUCCUGAAGACCAGAAGGAGGUUGCUCUGGACGAGGAUCAGCUAAUGGAAGACGCUGGAGAGAGAGAUCGUAGGGAACGCGAAAUCAAGGCCGCACAAGAAGCACUGGAGGCGCGGAGACGGACACAGGUUAUGCAGAGACAGCUGCCGCGGCCGGCCAAGGUGGACGUCUCGGCUCUGCUUUCAAAUGCGGAGUCUUUCCAGGACAGUGCCGAAGCGCUCAUUGCGCGAGAGGCUGCUGCUUUGGUCGCCAACGAUGCCGUCAAGUAUCCUCUGCCCGGCUCCGAGAUUAGCGGCGCUGCUCCUCGGCUAGACACCCUCAGCGACGACGACCUUGCAGAGGCACGGCUCCAGAUUAUGUUGGAGACGAAGCCGACUCCGUCCCCCGCCGAACUUCAAGUGUCCUUCGAGGCCAGGAGCAAGAGUUCUCUGCUCCUCGGUCUGGGAUGCUACGGUGACGACGAAGAAGAGGAGGAGGUAGCCAUGAAGAAUGCCUUUGACGUAAGUUACACCACAGACCGCGCCGUCUUUGAUGCUUCCAUUUGCUUCCCAGUACUAAUCCCAUCAUCUCAGUCUAUCCAAGAUUCCAUCGCCAGUACGGCCGAGGAGGGCAUCAAGCUCGAGAAGAAGCUGGGCCUGCACCUGGGCGGCUACCAGAAGCGCCAAAAGAUGCUCAAGGACAAGAUUGGCGAGGCCGCCGAGGCCCUGGAUAAGGCCAACAACGCCCUCAGCGGGUUCAAGACGCUGGCCAUCUCCGAGGAGGUGGCGAUCCAGCGGCGUCUGAGCGCCCUGAGGGAAGAGGUCGGGUUCGUCAGCAGGAGGGAGCGCGAGGCGCAGGAGUUGUACCGUAAGACCAAGGAUGAGCUUGAUGCGUUGCGGGUUAAUGGGAUGAAUGGUCACUAUUAA